AUGGAUUCUAGAAGAGGAGCUGGUAUGGUUUCAAUAUCUCCUUCACACACGCCAAAAUCGAGUGAUAAGGCAGCUAGGGAUCUACGAUUUGCUGAGGGGAAUAUGAGCGGAAAGCAUGAUAAAGAUAAGGGCGUUAAUGUUCAGGUCAUUGUGCGGUGCAGGCCAUUGAGUGAUGAUGAGAUGAGAUUGAAGACUCCAGUGGUGGUAACUUGCAAUGAGGGCAGAAGAGAAGUAUCAGCUGUUCAAAAUAUUGCUAAUAAGCAAAUUGAUAGGACAUUUGCGUUUGAUAAGGUAUUUGGUCCAACAUCCAAACAGAAGGACUUGUAUGAUCAGGCAGUGUGUCCAAUUGUCUUUGAAGUAUUAGAGGGCUACAACUGCACAAUUUUUGCAUAUGGUCAGACAGGAACUGGAAAGACUUACACAAUGGAGGGGGGUGGAAGGAAAAAGAAUGGGGAAUUUCCGAGUGAUGCAGGUGUAAUUCCUAGAGCUGUGAAGCAAAUUUUUGACAUAUUGGAAGCCCAGCAUGCUGAGUAUAAUCUGAAGGUUAGUUUCCUGGAGCUGUACAAUGAAGAGAUAACAGACCUUCUGGCUCCGGAGGAAUUAUCAAAAUUCGUUGAUGACAAAUCAAAGAAACCAAUAGCACUUAUGGAGGAUGGAAAGGGUGGAGUUCUUGUUAGAGGCUUGGAGGAGGAAAUAGUUUGUACUGCUGAUGAAAUUUAUAAGAUAUUAGAGAAAGGUUCUGCUAAAAGGCGAACAGCGGAGACCCUUCUUAACAAACAAAGCAGCCGUUCACACUCAAUAUUUUCUAUUACCAUUCACAUCAAGGAGUGCACCCCUGAAGGGGAAGAGAUGAUUAAAUGUGGGAAACUGAAUCUUGUUGAUUUGGCUGGUUCCGAGAAUAUCUCCCGCUCUGGUGCUAGAGAGGGAAGAGCAAGAGAAGCCGGUGAAAUCAACAAGAGUUUGCUUACUCUUGGUCGUGUAAUAAAUGCUUUGGUGGAACACUCUGGUCAUAUACCGUACAGGGACAGCAAAUUAACUAGGUUGCUUAGAGAUUCUUUGGGAGGAAAAACAAAGACGUGUGUAAUUGCAACAGUGUCACCUUCCAUACAUUGUCUUGAAGAGACGCUCAAUACUUUGGAUUAUGCUCAUCGUGCCAAAAAUAUAAAGAACAAACCAGAGAUCAAUCAGAAGAUGAUGAAAUCAGCAGUGAUGAGAGACCUGUAUUCUGAGAUUGACAGGCUGAAGCAAGAGGUAUACGCUGCUAGAGAAAAGAACGGAAUUUAUAUACCAAAAGAUCGAUAUCUACAGGAGGAAGCAGAGAAAAAGGCCAUGGCCGAGAAGAUAGAAAAGAUGGAACUUGAUUUAGAGUCCCGGGACAAGCAAUCUGCGGAGCUUCAGGAACUUUACAAGUCUCAACAGCAACUGUCAGCAGAUUUAACCAAUAAACUUGACAAAACUGAGAAAAAGCUGCAGGAAACUGAGCAUGCUUUGUCUGAUCUUGAAGAGCGGUUCAGACAGGCUAAUGCAACAAUAAAAGAAAAGGAGUACCUGAUAUCCAUUCUUCUUAAAUCUGAAAAAUCACUUGUCGACCGGGCUCUUGAGCUUCGAACAGAACUUGAGAAUGCUGCAUCAGAUGUCUCAAAUUUGUUUGCAAAGAUUGAGCACAAGGAUAAAAUUGAAGAAGGCAACAGAGUUCUAAUCCAGAAGUUCCAAAACCAGUUAACUCAACAACUUCACAUCUUGCAUAAGAAUGUGGCUACUUCAGCCACACAACAAGAGAAACAAUUAAAGGAGAUGGAGGAAGAUAUGAAAUCUUUUGUCGCCAAAAAGACAGAGGCCACUGAAGGGCUUCGAAACUGCUUGGAGAAGUUGAAAACUACGUAUGGUUCUGGUAUAGAAUCUUUGGACAGUUUAUCAGAAGAACUUGAUGGGAAUUCACAGUCUACUUUUGGUCACUUGAAUUCUCAAGUCUCUGAACAUUCUUCAGCUCGGAAUGAGCUAUUCAAAAACAUUGCUUCAGAGGCUGACACAUUGCUCAAUGAUCUUCAAGAUAGUCUCCACAGUCAAGAGAACAAACUUAGUGCUUUUGCAGAACAGCAACGCGAGGCUCAUCAAAGAUCCGUUAAGAGUACAAGAGCCAUCUCUCAAAUAACCGGAAACUUCUUUAAAACAUUAGAUUCACACGUGUCAAACUUGGGCCAGAUUGUGGAUGAAGCACAGAAUGUGAAUGAUCAGAAAUUAUCUGAUCUGGAAAAGAAGUUUGAGGAAUGUGCUGCCAAUGAAGAAAGACAACUCUUAGAGAAGGUGGCAGAGCUGCUUGCCAGUUCAAAUAUUAGGAAGAAACAAUUGGUUCAAGAAGCAGUCAAUGGCCUUCGUGAGAGUGCAGCCAGUAGAACUAACAGACUGCAACAGGAGAUGUCAACCAUGCAAGUUGCCACUGCCUCCGUUAAAGCAGAUUGGGAGAAUUACGUAGAGAAGGCAGAGAGCCAUUAUUUAGAGGAUAAUGGUGCUGUGGAGACUAGGAAGAAAGAAAUGAAUGCAGUUCUCCAGAACUGUUUGCAAAAGGCAAAAACAGGCGCACAACAGUGGAGUGAUGCCCAAGAAUCCUUGUUCAGCUUAGAAAAGAGCAAUUUGGACUCUGUUCAUGAAAUAGUCAGGUCGGGAAUGGAAGCCAACCAAUCCUUACGUGCACACUUUUCUUCUGCUGUAUCAUCUGUGCUUGAAGAUGCUGAUGUUGCAAGCAGAAAUUUCCUUUCCUCUAUUGAUCAUUCAUUGCAACUUGACAAUGAUGCACGCGAGAACCUUGAUUCACUGAUUGUUCCUUCAUGCGGGGAACUGAGGGAACUAAAUAGUGGACACCACCACAAGAUAGUGGAGAUCACUGGCAAUGCAGGAAAAUGCCUACUAGAAGAUUACGUGGUUGAUCAACCAUCAUCCUCAGCACCAAACAAGAGAGCAUACAAUCUUCCAAGCAUUGCUGCCAUUGAAGAACUUAGAACUCCAGCUUUUGAGGAGCUGCUGAAGUCGUUCUGGGAUUCAAAAUCAUUAAAGCAAGCAAAUGGAGAUGUAAAGCAGCAUCUACUUGAGGCUGCAUACUCGUUAAAAGAUUCUAGGCAUCCCCUCACUGCUAUUAACUAA